GUUAUCAAUGAUAAACUAUGUGUUAUUUGUUUUCUUUUAAAUUAUAUGGAAGAUUAAAACCUUAUUAUAUUGAUUUAUAAAUAACUUUAUUAUUUACCACAUUUGAAAAAAGAAUAUAAUCGUAAAAAAAAAUGUAGGUUGUAUAGACAGGAGUGAUAGAAUAUAAAUGAAAAAGGUUAAUUGGAAAUGGACUUAAUAAUAUAAAAAACAAAAGUUGCGAUAUAUUCGAGCAAGGAAAUAUGGAAACUUCUGAAACUAUGUAUUGCCGCUUAUGUGCUGAGCAAAAGAACGCUGCUGAUAUAAUUAACCGUGAUAACAUCGCACAGAAUUUUGGAGAAAUAGUUGCUAAAUUGAACUUCUUAAACUCACUUUUCAUAGAUUUAUUUAAAAAGGAGCAAAUGUUGCCGAAAACGGUUUGCAUAAGUUGCUACGAGGGAUUGAAUAAGGCUUAUGCUUUUGUGAAUAAAGUACAAAGAGCUCAAGAGCUGCUAGUUAACAUUUUCCAAGAAAACAUCGAAAAGUAUGCGUCUUCAGACGACGAUAAGGCUGGGCUCGAUGAAUUCCUAAACCCGGCAGAGCUGAGCGGUAAUGAAGACGUAAAACAAGAAUCCAUAGAAAUAGAAAUACCAAUACCUGUACCAGCUAAAGUGGAAGUCAAGAAAGAACCGAAAGAUGAGACGGAUAAUGAGCAAAGUCAGGAGAGUACGUUUGACAACACGCUGAAUGUCCAAGACCUGUUAAACGCGGCGAUGUGCAAUGUGCCAUAUUCCGAAGUAACAUUAUAUGCUAAGGAAGUCAAGGAUGCAAGCAAAAGAUCAAUAACAUCAUGGAAAGAGUACCCCUGGCUUUGUGCGCAUUGCGAUAUAGAGUUUCUGGAUAUAGUAACACUCCGGAUGCACUCGAAAAUGACACACGGGAAGUGUAAUGCAUUUGUAUGUAUCGAUUGUGAUAAUUGCGGUACCGGCGACUUUGAAUAUUUUAUUAAUCAUGUUAAGUCGCACAGGAAGAGGCUCAGGAAAAGAUGUUACUAUUGCGAUGUAGUUGUGAAUGAAGAACUACUUGUAGAACACGUCCAGGAACACAUACAGAAAUAUCAAGUACCAUGCAACAUGUGCGGAGAGAUAUUGGACAACAGUGAAACUCUGUUUAAACAUCUAGAAGAAUACAACUCAACGAAACCCAAACGGAAACCCAGAAGAAAGAGAGGCACACCGCUGACCGUUGAAGAUCUGACAUGCGAAUUAUGUAAGAAAGUGUACAAAAAUCCUAACAGCCUGCGGGAUCAUAUGAAAAUACACAACGGUGAUAGAAAGAGGAAUUACACUUGCGAUCGUUGUGGGAAAAUGUUCUAUAACAAAGGCACCUUGUCAUCCCACAUUUUGGCACACGACCAAAUCCGGCCUCAUAUAUGUAGGAUUUGCAACAAAUCCUUCCUAUUCCCAAACAUGUUGCGACGGCACGUCGAGAUGCACUCCGGUGUGAAGCCGUUCUCAUGCGAGCAGUGCGGUCGUUGCUUCAGACUGCAGUACCAACUUAACGCACAUAAAAUUAUUCACACGGAUUCUAUGCCCCACGUCUGCCAAUAUUGCAAUAAAGCGUUCAGAUUUAAACAGAUACUGAAAAACCACGAGAGACAGCACACUGGGGCCAAGCCGUACGCAUGUCAGAACUGUGGCAUGGAAUUCACUAACUGGUCCAAUUACAAUAAGCAUAUGAAAAGGCGGCACGGCUUGGACACGUCUAAAAAGAAGAUCACGCCCGACGGAGUGUUCCCUAUAAAUCCACAGACAGGACAAAUUGUUCAACUAAACGACGCUAGUACAGAAGAAUGGAAGACAAAGAUCAUGGUGCCGGGCAAAAGAGGCAAAAAGAAGAUUAUAAAGAAGGUGGAAGAUGUAGCAUAGAUUAUAAAUAAAUCAUUAAAAAAAACUGAGUUGUAGCUGUAAGUCGAUUUAAAUUAUUAAAUAAUAUUUUUGUAUGAAUAAUGAAUUGACAUAGACUAUAUCGUUUCAUUUACGUGUCUAUACUCUUGCCGAGAAUUGUGUGUAGUACAAUAUUCCUAAACAUUGUUUUUAAGCAGAAAUUAUAAAUAGCCAUUUUAUUUAUAAAAGUGUAUUGUAAAUAUUUUUACACGCAAUAAAUAUACAGAAACUUGA